UGCAGGGACCUAGAAUUUCUGGGUGUAUACUUUACAUUUCGGAGCAUUAUUUUUUCCAGGUUUUCGUUUCUGAAAUUUUAGUUAAUACAUUAUGCUGCUUAAGAGGCUAUACUUUACCCUUAGAGACAGAAAUUGUGUUGUAGCCCUUUGAGACUUUCACUAAAACCCCUAAAGUCGUGUUUGGCAAUUAACUAGGUAUCCUACACCUCCUGGUUCCUGGACGCCUUCAAUUACGCCAUCUUGAAGAAGAUGGAUGUGCUGAACCUCAGCAUCGGCGGCCCCGACUUCAUGGACCAUCCCUUCGUUGACAAGGUGUGGGAAUUAACGGCUAACAACGUAAUCAUGGUUUCUGCUAUUGGCAACGACGGGCCUCUUUAUGGCACUCUGAAUAACCCUGCUGACCAAAUGGACGUGAUCGGAGUGGGCGGCAUUGACUUUGAGGACAACAUCGCCCGCUUCUCCUCAAGGGGAAUGACUACCUGGGAACUCCCAGGAGGCUAUGGCCGUGUGAAGCCCGAUAUCGUCACCUAUGGUGCUGGGGUGAGGGGCUCCGGGGUGAAGGGGGGCUGCCGGGCCCUGUCGGGGACCAGCGUGGCUUCUCCGGUGGUUGCCGGCGCCGUCACCCUGCUGGUAAGCACAGUGCAGAAACGCGAACUGGUGAACCCGGCCAGCAUGAAGCAGGCGCUCAUUGCGUCCGCCCGGAGGCUUCCUGGUGUCAACAUGUUUGAACAAGGCCACGGCAAGCUGGAUCUCCUCAGGGCCUAUCAGAUCCUCAACAGCUACAAGCCACAGGCGAGUCUGAGCCCCAGCUACAUCGAUCUGACUGAGUGUCCUUACAUGUGGCCCUACUGCUCCCAGCCUAUCUACUAUGGAGGGAUGCCGACAAUCGUCAACGUCACAAUCCUCAACGGCAUGGGCGUCACAGGAAGGAUUGUAGACAAGGUGAUGCUGCUCUCUGGCUUGUGGUGA